UGUUAAGUGUAACACCGAUCUUGGUGCCCUUUAAUCAAUUUCUGAAUAUUUGCUUAAAUAGUGUUUUGCUGCUGCAAUGGUGAUUCAGUCAUCACUCAAGGAAGAAAUAUUUUGUUAAAAUUAAACCAAAUAAUACUAGUAUUGAUGGCUUGUUGCUGCUCUUUCAUAGUAGUAAAUUAAAAUUCUGUAUAAUUUUUUCAAAUCAUAGUAGUAGGGUAAAUUGAUGCAUGCGUAUAUGAACUGUGAAAUAUGAAUCCAGACACGUGGUAUUAAGCUCUUUGAUUUGAAUUACAUGUUUAUUUAUGGGGCUAUGGUUUUAAUCCUAAGAUUAAGCUCAAGAAUUUGAAAUUGAUGUGAAGGGUGUUGAUUCUGUCCUAAAACUGUACUUUGUGAGCGUGAGGGCUACUUAUUUUAGUAAUAUUCUAUUUCAUUUAGAAAUUUGCUUACUCCAUUAUUUAGUUUUUAAAAUAAAUAAAUUUAUUGGUAGCUCGGGCAGACUCUUGGACUAUGUUAUUGUUUGAUCAAAUUGAACCGAGUAUGUUUUUAUCUUUUAGUUUUGGGAAGAAAUCGAUGACAGAGCAGAGAGUACGGUUAGGAAAUAUGCUUGCAAUUUUUUUGGAAUUCCAAAAAGGAAGAAAAGUUGAUCUACAGAAGUAUUUGGGUUCAAGGAAAUUCGGAUUUAGUUUGUGUUCAGAGAAUCGAUUGUUGGCAAUGGAACUGGAAUGAUUUUUCCGCUUUAAGGCGAAAAUGCAGUCUUUUAUUGACAAUGGAGUCAUCUUAGACGCUUGUGAUUGCUGGAAUCAAGGUCAACGCAGUGACACCUCAGAUAAAAGAAUGAUGUGUUCUUUGAAUACUUGAGAAGGAAUAUGUCUGCAAGGAAAAGAAGCUGUAACUUUAACGAAGACCGUAUAAGUGGACUACCAGAUGCCAUCCUCAUCCAUAUUCUCUCCUUAUUGCCAACACUAGAUUCUCUGAACACAAUCUUGAUUCGAAGAUUUAAUCACCUCUGGCCAUUCAUCCAUACACUCACUUUUGAUCAAUGCAUGUUUCCGGGGCACAAUUGCGUCUAUUAUAGUCAAGCUAAUCGUCCUGACUAUGACGAAAGGUUCUUGAACUUUGUUCGUCAUGUUCUUCUUCUUAAUAAGAGCCCAACUCUUUAUAAGUUCUGCCUUGAUUUUCAUUUUAGCUUAUCCCAUUCAAUUCGACAAAGAGUAUCCAACAGAACAGACAGAUGGCAGUACGACUGUCUGAGGAGCGAGAAAAGGAUGGCUAAUGAAAUUGGUACCUGGAUCCAGUUCGCAUUAAAUAAGAAUUUAAAGGUCCUUGACUUGUCUUUCUCUGCACAUGGUACAUUUGAGCCCCAGGCUUAUUAUGAUCUGCCUAAUUUUGUUCUAAGCAGUCCUUAUUUGGUUGAGCUCCGAUUGGCGUACUGUAAGAUAAAUACGAAAAAGAAGAGCGACCUGAAGGCUCUAAAAACAUUUUCUCUUGAUAACGUUAUGCUAAUGGAUCAAUCAAUGGAUUGUAUUCUAUCUGGUUGCCCGGUGCUUGAGGAAUUGACUCUGUGGUUUUGCUACGGCCAUAGAAGACUGGUUCUGGUCAACUCGAAUUUAAAGACAUUGGUACUUGGCAUUAGAUGGUUUGGAACAAGGAUACAUGUCUCCGCUCCAACUCUCCUAUCAUUAGAAAUGUCUGGAACUGUGGAGGUGCUGGAUAUUACAAAUGUAGCAUCUAUUGUUGAAGUGUCUGUCAAUCGUAUGGAGAAGUUUGACUUCAAAGAGUACAAGGAUUAUCAAGAGAUGAGAGUACUCCUCCAAACAAUUACAGGGGCCAAAAGUCUCAAGCUAUGUUCCUGGUUUUCUCUGGUAUUUUCUUCAUGGCAGUUGACAAAUCUACCAGCUCCGACCUUCAGUUGCAAGACGCUUCACCUUCAAUUGGAUUUUGUGAAAUGGCACUUACCAGGAAUACUGAACUUGCUGAAGCACUGUCCUUGCUUGGAGAAUCUUAUCAUCGAAAUAACUGCUUACUAUGAUUAUCCAUCCCGAAACGCAGCCUCGUGGAUUCACUCAUGUGACUUUGAUGGAGAUGAAUAUUGGAAUAUGGUAGAUACUCCUGUCCAGUGCGUGACUCAUCACCUCAAGAAGGUGGAGGUAGCUGGUUUCGUAAUGGAGAAGCAUGUGAUUCAUUUUGUGGAAUAUUUGCUCAGGAGUUCCAUGGUGUUAGAGGAAAUGGUGAUAUUCGCGGAGAAACAGACGUGGAUCUAUGGUCCAAUUACUCUUAUGUCUUAUAAGGUUCAGGAAUUCGAGGAGAGGCUAAUGAAUGCACCAAAAGUCUCUGCCUCUGCUGCAGUGCUUUUCUAUUGAUGGUGAACCCUUCAGAAUGAUUUGCUUGGAUAGUGUAAAAAUCUUUUACACUGUUGGUGUUUAUAAAUUGAACUUAUGAUAAUAAUGCGCACAAUAAAUUGUGCCGUGGACCGUUUCCUAAAUUUUCUGUAAUAAACUGUUGAAGGGCUUUCCUGUUGGAUGUUAUACAGCUUUUUCUUUCAA